AUGACAUAUAUUCGCGGGGACAAGGCUCAGUUUGAUGAAUGGGAGCAGUUUGGAAAUCCCGGCUGGAACUGGGACACAAUGCCAGAGUACUACAAAAAGGUCGAAACGAUUUUCCCGCCAGCACCGGCGCAAAUUCAAGUCGGGGCGUCGAUUGAACCCCGAUGUCACGGAACCAGUAGCGAACUGCACGUAGCCUUCAACCCAGCUCUUGAAAAUGGUCCACUGUACGAUACGCACAGAGAUUCAUGGGCCGUCAUGAAGGAGGGCGUGAACAAAGAUGUUAACAGAGGAACAACCAAAGGAUUCAGCGUUUGCCCACAAACUCUGGACCCAAGGGAGAAUAAACGCUGGGAUUCUGCCACUGCAUUCUACUGGCCCAUUCAAAGCCGCCAAAACCUCAAACACCUCAAUGGUACAGUGUCCAAAUUGCCUUGGAAGAAUACGAAUGCAGUGUCGGGAGCCCAGGCCGCCGGCGUGGAAUAUCUUGGACCUGACGGGAAGAGGAGGACUGCCAAAGUCGGGAAAGAAGUCAUCAUCUCAGCAGGAGCACUGCGAACACCUCUUGUUCUAGAGCAUUCCGGCAUCGGGAACCCUCAUCUGCUCAAGCAGAAAGGCAUCGAGGUCGUGGUUGAUCUACCAGCAGUCGGAGAGAACAUGAUCGACCAAGCACUCAGCUCCCUCUUCUACACCACCAAUAUCAACAUCAAAGGCUAUACUCUAUACAGUACGUUUGUAACUGCGGCAGACAUUUACGGCAGCACCAUCGACAAGGUUGCAAAAGAUACCGAGGCAAAACUUGGCAAACAGGCUCGGCAGCUCGCGCAGGCCAGCCACGGCGGCUUAAAUGCUUCCGCCCUGGAGCGCAUCUUGAAGAUUCAGCACAAUGUCAUCUUCAACAAGCAUGCCACACUUGCUGAGAUCCUUUCCACGGCCCAGGGAGACAAGAUUGGCACUUCAUACUGGGACCUAAUGCCCUUUGGUCGAGGCAGCGUUCACAUGAGAUCCAUCGACGAUGUUGAUAGCCCCGUCAUUGACUCCAGGUACUUUUACAUAGACUUUGACCUUGCCACCCAGGUUGAGUCUGGCAAAGUAGGUGUCGAGUUCUGGACUAGCUCACCUGUGAAGAAAAUAAUCAUGGGCCAAUUCGCUCCCAACGCAACGGUAUUGCCACCGGGGACCACGGAUGAGCAGUGGAAGGAGUUCCUCGCAGACUCGAGCAGUUCCAACUCUCCUGCCAUUGGGACCGCGUCCAUGAUGUCCAGGGAACUUGGCGGCGUAGUCGACUCCAAGCUGAAGGUGUACGGGACAAAAAACGUGAGAGUGGUGGAUGCGUCCGUGUUGCCAAUGCAGGUUAGUGGGCAUUUAACGGCGACUGUUUACGCCGUCGCAGACCGGGCGUCUGAUAUUAUCCUCGGGCGCCCGUGGUGA